AUGGCUUCCAUUCGCCUUCGCGAUCCCGGAUUCCUGAAGGGGGCGGCUGCGCCUCUUUCCUUUAGAGACGCUUUAUCUGGUAUUUCUUCUAAUUUUCCUGAUUUAUGCGUUUCUUCCCAUCGUGGUUUGCCGGCUCUGCUUAUUUCUGAGGAGGAAAUUCGUUCCCUUGCGGCCCCUUUUGAUUUCGCCUUGGUUGGCCGUUUUCCGGGUCGGCGUCCGCCGGUGGACGCGAUUCGGAAUUUUUGCUUUAAUUUAAAGCUUAUUGGAGAAUUUUCAGUCACUGUUCUUAAUCAUAGGAACGUUUUGAUAAAGUUAGUGAACGAUUUUGAUUACUGCCGUAUGUUUUCCCAUAGAUCUUACUUUGUGAAAAAUUGUCUCAUGAAAGUGGUGAAAUGGUCUCCAAAUUUGGACAUUGAGGUGGAGUCCCCUAUUGUGCCGAUUUGGGUUUCUUUCCCUUUUCUUAGACCUCAUUUGUUCUCUCCUAGAAUUCUUUCUGGAUUAGGUUCUCUUUUCGGUAAACCUCUCAAGUCGGAUAUGGCAACUGCUUCUGGUUCUCGUCCGUCCAUGGCGCGUAUCAUGGUGGAAUUGGAUGUUACGAAAAAUUACCCUGAUAAAAUUUGGGUUGGUUCUGUGGAAACGGGUUAUGUUCAAUCGGUGGUUUUUGAGGACAUUCCGCUUUUCUGUAUGCAUUGUCAUACCUUAGGCCACUCUAAGGAUUACUGCCCUGACCUCCUUUCAGCCACGCCAGAGAACUGCGCUCCAAAAACAGGGAGUCCCUCGAGCCCACCCCGCAACCCAGACCCACCUCCAUAUGAUUCCAAUAUCAUCAUCCGGCGGACGAAAGACGUCCACCCAAGACCGAUGGAAUAA